CAUAAUAUUUAUAGCUGCAGAUUGGGGUUAGACACCGACACACACUACCACGUAUAAACAAUGUGUUGAACACCCUAAACUUUUACGAAUUGGUGCCCCCAAAUCAGCGCGUUUAGUGAGAAUUCGUUGUAGUAAUAAGUAAUAACUGUAAUCUGUAAAGUACAGAUACGGCGCCGUUUAAUAACAACCUAGAAAUCCAUGAGCUCUGGUAGUGGUUUCACUGCUUCUUCAGCCUUCUCUCUCUAUCUCUCUCUUCGUGACUAAGGCCUGAGAUUUUCGUGGUUUUAGGGAAUGAGAAUUCCGCGAAGCCUUGAGGUCUGGAAAAUGGGCACUGUUAACUAUUUGGAUGCACUUAAGCUCCAGGAAAAGCUCGUGGCUGAUAGAAAAACUCGUAAAAUUGCAGAUACUGUCUUGUCCUUGCAACACCCGCCUACAUAUACCCUUGGCAAACGACGGACUGAUCACAAUUUGUUGAUCCCCGAGUCUGAACUUAAAAUGAUAGGAGCUGAACUUUGCUACACACAAAGAGGAGGGGACAUUACAUUUCAUGGUCCACAUCAAGCAAUUUUGUACCCCAUUAUUUCUCUCCGGGAUAUUGGAAUUGGUGCUCGUAAUUAUGUGGAGAAACUUGAGUUAACUAUGAUUGAAUUGGCCUCUCUGUAUGGUGUGAGAGCUUGUGCUGGACAAAAGGGUGAGACGGGGGUUUGGGUUGGAGAGAGAAAGAUUGGUGCUAUUGGGGUUCGUAUAUCAUAUGGAAUCACUUCUCAUGGGUUAGCAUUCAACAUUGAUCCUGAUCUGAGCUAUUUUAAGCAUAUUGUGCCUUGUGGGAUUGCCGAUAAAGAAGUUACUUCUUUGAGAAAGGAGACGGAUUCUUUGCUUCCAACUGAAGAAGUAAUUCAAGAACAGUUAAUUUCUUGUUUUGCAAGACUAUUUGGUUAUAGCAAUCUCAUUUGGAAAGAGAAGGGUUUGAUUUUCUCAGAUAAUGGGGAAAACUGAUGAGAUGGCUAUUAUGUGCCAAACAAUUUGUCUCUUUUAGGGUAGCCUGUGCCAUGAGGAGAUGAAAGGAAGUUCCACAAGUUGAUUCUCACAAGAAGAAUAAUUCCUGAAUUUUGACCUCCUUUUAGGUAGAAGAGAACCUUUUCUCCCACAAAAGGUAUAAUGGUUCCCUCACUCUCACAAUUUUUUUGAGGCAUCAUCUUCUUCCCUUGUGCUCCUAAAAAUUGCAUGUUUCAGAUAUAUCACGCAUGAAUUUCUGAGUUUUCUCCCCUACACAACAUGAGGAGCCCAUGUCAUCCUGGCCACAUUUUUGGCCCUAGUCCAGCUUCUUAUUCUUUCAAUGCAGAAGCAUUGCAAGACUACUAGAGAUGGCAAAAUGGGAAAUAUAUGGUGAAUGCUUGCAAGUUUCAUAU